GGAUUUAUUCAGCUGCGCUUAUGUUUCAAGAUCAUUUCAUAGUCCAGAUGAGUUUGUAACUUUAUUCCUGAGGUCAAAGUCAAACAUCAACAGAAUUUAAUGAAGAAGAUUGAAGAUAUUGUAAAUCGUGACCAAAGUGCCUUCCUGAAGCUCAAAGAGGAUAAAGCAGAGUCAAAACGUGACGAGACUCUGCAACACUCAAACCGGGUUUUGUUAGAGAAGACGUCAGAAUCGGGCCGAAUGGAGGAUAAACUACAGCAACAGACAGGUAAUCCAGAUUGUCUCCGGAUCGUUCUGAUUGGGAAAACUGGCAGUGGGAAGAGUUCAUCAGGAAACACCAUCCUGGGAAGAAACCAGUUUAAAUCUGGAGUUUCUCCACAGUCAGUUACUAGAAGCUGUGAGAAAGCUGAAUGUGUGAUAGACGGUCGCCAUGUUGAUGUUGUUGACACUCCUGGUCUGUUUGACACCAGCUUGUCCUUGAGUCAGGUUAAUGAAGAGAUAAGGAAAUGUAUCAGUCUGGUGCAUCCAGGUCCUCAUGUCUUCCUGCUGGUUUUACCGAUCGGCAGAUUCUCUAUAGAAGACACUGAGACACUGAAACUGAUUCAGGAAGUUUUGGGAGAAAAUUAUAAGAAGUUUACCAUCGUCCUGUUUACCAGAGGAGAUACACUGGAACGUGAUGAGAUCUCCAUUGAACAAUACAUUGAAGAUGAUUGUGAAGAUGCCUGUAAGAAUCUGAUCAGAGAGUGUGGAGGAAGAUACCAUGUGUUCAAUAACUAUCAAAUAAAGAAUCGAUCACAAGUUACUGAUCUGAUCAAAAACAUCAACAUGAUGGAGAAUGAAGGCAAAUGCUACACCAAGGAGAUGUUACCUGGUCAACAGAAACCAAAAUAAAAUCUCCUGUUUGACUAAUAAAGUUUAUCUGAAUCUGAUUAGUGUUAAAAUAAAGAAAAAGAAAACAAAAUAAACUCCCAGAAUGCAAAGCGCUCAGCCAAUCAUUUUUCUGAAAAACUUUUAUUAUUUUGCCCCUUUUUACAUUUGAUAUAGUUUAUUUCAUUAUUUUCAUUUUCAUUGUUAUUUUAACUUUACUGGAUUAAUCAUUUUGUAACAGAAUGAAAUAUUGGAGAUUAGAAAUAAACAUUUAAUUUAAAUAAAAUAUGGGCUCAAACUACAUAUUUCAGUAUUUUCUGUAGUGUUGAGAAAAAGCAGCUACAAUAACUUUACAUCUUUAUGGACCAACAGGACGGAUCUGCUGAGCAGCUCAGAGGAUAUUUAAAUGUAAAGAUGAUUUAUUAGAAGAUUUUUCCAUAAGUUGAUUAUCUUGUCUGGAUUUUUUAACAUUUCAGGAUGAAAUGAUGUUUUAUUAAUUACAACCUGAUCCAUCAUCAACAACAAACAACAGAUCUAAACUGUAGAUCAGGAACAUUUUAUGGUUUGUUUUGUUUGGGUUGGAAAUAUUUCCAGGCCUUUUUUUAAUAUGCAUUUAAUUUAUGUUUUUUUUAAUUUAAUGUACUUGUUGGUGGAUGAUUUUUAAUGAAAAAUAAAAUUGUUAUGAAUGA